AUGACGAACGACGAUAAUGUGAUCGGUGGCGAUAUCCACCAUUAUGACGACCAUAGUGACGAUAAUAACUGCGAUGGUGGCUUCGAUAACCAUGAUGUCUUCCGUAAUGACGGUAGUGACGGCGGUUGUAAUGGUGACGACGAAUGUGAUGAUAACGUUUAUGAUACUUUGGAUAUUUGCGGUGAUAGCCAUGAUGACGACGAAUGUGGUGAUAACGUUUAUGAUAUUUGCGGUGAUAGCCAUGAUGACGACGAAUGUGGUGAUAACGUUUAUGGUACUUGGGAUAUUUGCGGUGGUAGCCAUGAUGACGACGAAUGUGGUGAUAACGUUUAUGAUACUUGCGGUGAUAACCAUGAUGACGACGAAUGUGGUGAUAACGUUUAUGGUACUUGGGAUAUUUGCGGUGAUAGCCAUGAUGACGACGAAUGUGGUGAUAACGUUUAUGAUAUUUGCGGUGAUAGCCAUGAUGACGACGAAUGUGGUGAUAACGUUUAUGGUACUUGGGAUAUUUGCGGUGAUAGCCAUGAUGACGACGAAUGUGGUGAUGACGUUUAUGAUACUUGUGAUGUUUGUCAUCAUCAUAAAAGCGUCCACGAAGUAGUUCACUCAUCGCAUUCACAUUUGUAG